AUGCUCGGUUGCAUGCCCCUUGACUACAACCAUCACAUGAGCGCUGCGCGACACGGGUCUAUUUUUACGAAGGAGCUUCCUCGCCCACGGAUCACUUUAUAUGAUAUUCUCGUGCUCUUCACCACCAUCGGUUUUGGGAUUGCCCAAGCAAUUACCUCAUUCAUUGGGACAACUAUCGUCUCCGUCACUCUCCAAUGGAUUGCCAGUAUCGUUAUUUUCCUCUUCCUUUUCAUUCUUUCACUAUACAAAUCUGAAGAUCCAGAAACACAACGCAUGAAAUGGCUCUUCCUGACGGACUACUCCGGCACGAAAUUUCCAAAGAAUUUGAGAAAGCCAACGUUGGAUGCAUUGAGGACGGAACCCCAUCAUGGCAAAGUUCUGACACUGCAAACAAGAUCUUUGUAA